UUUCGCGCCAUUCGGGACCGCGAGCAUUGUGGGAUAGCGGCUGGAGGAACCGCGGCGCUCCGGUUCUUUGUUGAUAAACCGGGUUUAUAGAGUUUCAGCGCGGAGAGAAGCGGGAGGAAUGCGGGGAAACGGGUCGGAUUCCGGGCUCGGUGGGCCGGAGGACGGAGGGCUGAUCCGGGAGCGGCUGGAGGCGCUGUGUCAGGAGCUGAACAUGGACGAGGAGACCGCGGAGGAGGCUCUGGAGAACUUCACCUCCAUCUGGAACACCUACACCCUGGAGGGUGAGGUGGUUCACUGGCUGGCCUGUGCUCUGUACGCUGCCUGUAGAAAGGCUUCUAUUCCCACUGUGGGGAGAGGACUGGUGGAAGGAAACUGCGUCUCCCUCACCAGGAUACUGCGCUCCUCCAAACUCAGCCUGAUUCAGUUCUUCAGUAAGAUGAAGAAAUGGGCGGACAUGUCGAACCUCCUGCAGGACUUCCGGAACCGAAUCAGCCACCUGGAGAGGAAUUUUGAAGUGUCCACUGUGAUUUUCCGUAAAUUUGAGCCCAUCUUUCUGGACAUGUUUCAGAAUCCUCAGGGUGAACCCCCCCGCGUGCCGAGAGGCAGGAAGCACAGGCGCCUUCCGUGUCACAUCAGUGACGUUUUUAAAUUCUGUUGGACUCUCUUCGUGUACACUAAAGGUAAUUUCCGUAUGAUCGGAGAUGAUCUGGUGAACUCUUACCAUCUCCUCCUCUGCUGUCUGGAUCUGGUGUAUGGUAACGCUCUACUCUGCGCCAAUAAGAAGGACCUUGUCAAUCCGCUUUUUAGAGGUUUUCCAAAGGAUUCUGUGAGUUCAGAAGAGCCUCCUUCAGUGAUUGAGGAGCUGUGUGAACUCCACGAUGGUCUGGUUGUAGAGGCGAAAGGAAUAAAGGAGCAUUAUUUUAAACCCUACAUCAGACGAUUGUUUGAGAAAAGAAUUCUGAAAGGAGAUGAGGAGACCCUGACUGAGUUGCUGGAUACUCCCAACUUCCAAGAUAAUAAUAAAGCUAUAAAUCGUGAGUAUGAGGAGUACGUCCUGACCGUGGGGGAUUUUGACGAGCGAGUGUUUUUGGGCGCUGAUGCCGACGAGGAGAUCGGAACUCCACGUAAAACAGCCGCCGAGCCUCCGCCCGGCCAGCUGACCGCCCGCAUGCAGGUGGAGAACAACCUUCAGCAGCACUUUGAGAAGACGCGCUCUCUGGCUCCCUCUACUCCUCUCACAGGGCGGAGAUACCUCAAGGAGAAGGAGCUGCUCAUCACUCCGGUCUCCUCUGCGACUCAGAGCGUCAGUCGACUGCAGAGCAUGGUGACCGGCCUUCGUAACGCCCCCAGCGAUGCCCUGCUGCAGAUCUUUAGCUCUUGCUCUCGCUGCCCCACUGAUAUGAUCUUAAAUCGAGUGAAGACUCUGGGAGAGACCUUUAAAGAGAAUUACACCAAACAAACGGAGGAUCUUCCAGGAGCUCACAUAGAUUUUGCUGAGAACCGCCUGAAGCUAGCGGAGAUCCUGUACUACAAGAUCCUUGAGAGCGUCAUGACCCAGGAGACGAAGAGACUUCAGGGUAAAGACAUGACCGGUCUGUUGGAGCAGGAUGUUUUCCACUGCUCUCUUCUAGCCUGCUGUCUGGAGGUGGUGCUAUUCGCCUACAGCUCCCAGCGAACCUUUCCCUGGAUCAUAGAGACCUUCCACCUCCGGCCCUUCUACUUCUACAAGGUGAUUGAGGUGUUUAUCAGGUCGGAGGAGGGUCUCUCCAGAGACAUGGUGAAGCACCUGAACACUAUAGAGGAGCAGGUGCUGGAGAGCAUGGCCUGGACUAAAGACUCAGUGCUGUGGGACACCUUACACAACGCUAACAAUAAAGUCCCUACUGUGGAGGAGGUGAAUUUUUCCAGUAGUUUUGAUGCAGGCAGCAGCAGCAGCAGCAGCUCUGGAGGCCCAACUCAUCUUCCUCUGGUGGCUUUAUCUCCUAUAAUCCACCCUCGCCUCCGAGAGGUUCGCACCGCCCUCGGCUCCAGCGCACGCAAAGACGUCCCUUCUUCUCCGAUCUCCGCUCACGAUCGCUUCAGUUCUCCGACAGCAGGCAGUGUGAAAAGGCGGUUGUUUGGUGACGAUCCUCAGCCUCUUUCUCCAGUGAAGAAAAUCUCCUUUACUCCCAUAAAACUCAUUCCCAGCCCGUCUACAGAAAACAGCCAGACUGCAAACACGACUACCGUCCUCUCCAUGUCCGCUCCUAACGGCCAGCAGCUCAACAUUCCCCUGCCAGUGGUGAAGAGUGAAAUGGGAGGAAUCACUGUGAUCCAGGUCCAGGCCAGUGACCUGAACCCCCUCACCACUCAGGUGCUGCUCGCCUCCCCCACCAGAGCCCCAGCCCCGCCCCCCACCACAGACACCCAGCAGCAGGCCAGCAGACCGCGCCGCACCGGCUCCCUCGCCCUCUUCUUCCGCAAGGUGUAUCAUUUAGCGAGUGUGCGGCUGAGGGACCUGUGUCUGAAGCUGGAUAUCUCUGCAGAACUGAGGGGUAAAAUCUGGACGUGUUUUGAGCACUCGCUGGUCCACUGCACAGAUAUGAUGAAGGACCGGCACCUGGAUCAGCUGCUGCUCUGUUCUGUCUACAUCAUCUCCAAGAUCUCUAAAGAGGUUCACACUUUCCAGGACAUUAUGAAGUGCUACCGGAGUCAGCCACAAGCCACCAGCCACGUGUACCGCAGUGUGCUGAUAAGAAGACGGAUCAGAGAACAGCAGGCUGAUGAGAACAUGGAGGUGGAUCCGCCAGCAGAUGAGUCCAAUGACAGGACGGAGCUCGCUGCCAGAGCAGAGGCCGACAGCGAAUCAGAAGAGGACAGGGGUGAUCUAAUCCAGUUUUACAAUUCUGUUUACGUCAUGAAGAUGAAGACAUUUGCACUUAAAUAUGCACUUUCAUCAGCUGAUAACAGGAUGGAAGCUCCUCCAUUAUCUCCGUUCCCCUCGGUGCGAGCUCAGCCCCUCUCCCCGCGCCGAAUCUCUCAGAGACACUCCAUCUACCUCUCUCCUCACAAGAACGGCUCCUGCCUCACCCCCAACUCCGCCUACACCUACAAGUUCAGUGGCAGCCCCUCGAAGGAGCUGAGUGAUAUUAACCGGAUGAUCCGGCAGGGCGGCGUGAGCAAGAAGCGAGCGUUCACCAUGGAGGGAGACGAAACUGAGUCUCCUACUAAACGUCUGAACCAGGAGAGCGAGGAUGUCCUGCUGAAACGUCUGCAGGACGUGGUCAGUGAGAGAGCCAAUCACUGAUCAAUAACUGAUCACAAUCGCAGACCAGAGACGAUUCCUCACUCGCCCCUCACACACACAGAGAGAGAGAGGGAGAGAGAGAGAGAGAGAUUUGACAUUGCCAGACACAAUCUUUUUAACAUUUUUAAUCACAAACCAGCAGCUGAUAUCUGACCAAUCAGAGCCUUCUGGCCACACCCACUCAGAACUGGGCCGUGCACUGAGCCCAAUAAUCAUUAAUCAUGACUGAUAGUUCUUUAUAAAAGCCCACAGUGGCUCUGUGAUUGGUCAGAACUUUACUCAGGUGAUCAUUUCAUCAAUUUCAUCAGAUCAUUUCAUCCACUCGCUCACUGUGUAACCAAAGACCACCCUCACCUACUGUCCAUAAGUCUGUAGACACCUGCUUUUCCAUCAUUUCUUCUAAAAUUAAGGGAUUUAUCCAUGAAUUUGCCUCUUCUGGUAAGAUUUUAUACUAAAAACCAUUGUGAUACAUAAAGAUGUUUGGUUUUUUUAUAUAUUAACUCAUCCCAAAUGCAGCCAGACAUCUUUUAAUAAGUGAUUUAAUACGUUAGGUGUUGGAAGUGUGCUUCUCUACUUUUGCCCUAUAGCUAUAGGCCCAAUCCCAUUUCUAAUUUCAAAUUUUUGUACCCUACCUCUUGUUUUUGAGUGUAACCCUUCUUCCCAUUGGAACUACAAGAGGAGAGGAAUUAAAUCCUCCAGCUAAUAAAAUAAUUGUGAAACUCUUCUUCAAGAACCUGAUACAGAUACAGAUACAGAUGUAGUUAUAGCAGUGGAGCGCUAAAGUUCAGCAACCUAACUGCUGCUGCUGAUUAACUAGUUAACUUUAUGGUUAUAUAUAUAUAUA